UCAGCAGGGGGCAGUAAGAGACUGUAUUUCCCCGUGACACGAAAUCAACCACGCGAGGAAGAUGCGGACGUGUUAUGAUCCGUCAUCAAAUAUGUCAGCCUUCUGGUGAAUUUGAUCAUUGGUUUGAAGGAAUUAAAAUGGUUUAUUCAGAAGAGUGCGACUUUAUAUUUCGAUUGAAAGGAAUCUUGGAGUUUGCUUGCCAGCUUGACAAUCCAAAUGGCGCACAAAGUCAAAGCACCAUAUCAAAAAGUUUCCAGCAUCUCCGAUCCAAAGUAUCAUCAAAAAAUAUUGUUUUCACUGUAUGUAACAGUCCAGUAUUAAUAUGGCCUAACACUGGUUUCCAGUCAAGUGUGGAAAGCUUGACAGAAGCAUCAGCAUGUGGAGACAUUUUGCAGUGUAUAGAGUCAGAUGAUGGUGGGAGCAAGAAGUCAUCAAAAAAGAAAGAUAAGAAGAAAUCUGGACCUACUGCAGUGAAUAUGGAGCUGUUGUUUGAGGUCACAGAACCUGCUGGGGAUGAAGCUCUUAGUCUCAUCCCAGUGAGCACACAGCAGCAUUGUGUGAAGAUGCCACUGCCUUUAGACUGUACUCUGUCUGUGGCCACUGAUGAGAGCCUGGCAAUUGUGUGUACAGGGCUGGUGGAGGCAUUAAAUAAGCAGUUAGCAGACAUGGAAAGGGUGGUGCUACGGUACAGGAAGGGCUCAUCUUUCCUGGUGCCACAGCCAUUUCACUUUCAACUGCCUAAACCAGCUGGACUCAUUACUGUAAUCUACCCUGCAGGAGUGCCAGAUAGCCAGCUACAGGCCGUCAGAGAGGAUCUGCACAGGAAGUUUAAAUUACCAUGUGACAGGCCAUACCUGAGACGUGCCAAUGCCUUUCAUUUCCCUAAUGCAGCUUAUAAGGACGGAUACCUCCGCAAUCCCCACAUACACCUGAACCCACCCAACAUUGAGGAUGCUAAGGUGAGACCGUAUGUAAUAAAGUAAUA